UUAAACAGUACCGUCCAAAGUAAUAUAUUAGAUGAUUUAAGCCACCAGUUGAAGGGGUGUAAUUUAAUGGGCACAGAUUUCUAAAGCAUAUUUAUAAUAAAGUGAUUAAGAUGGCAUUGUUUUCUCAGUCAACUGUGGGUAAAGGCUCUGAUUCAUUUACAGACUUUUGUUGUUCACCGUGUCUAGAGCACAAAAUUGACCAGUGGGCCGAGUUUUACUGCGAUAACUGUCUAAAAUUUUAUUGUGCAAAAUGUAUUAACUUGCAUGGUCAGUUGUUUGGAAAACAUGUGACAUAUGGAAGGGGAGACACAAGUAAAUGGCCAGUGUCCAAGGAAGUGGAGGAUUUCAUUCAGAAAUGUGACCUUCAUGAAGACAAACGGCUAGAAAUGUUUUGUAAUGACCACAGUCAGCUGUGCUGCACUAAUUGUGCUUUCCUCAAUCACAGACAAUGUGCUAAAGUAGUGCUGAUAUCUGAGUCAGUCAAAGGACCUUUGCCAGACUUGCAGCAACUAUCAAGAAAGAUUCAAACUGUUCUUGUAGAACUGAAGAAACUUCAGAAUUAUUGGGACACCAAUAUGCAGUCUUUGCAGGUUACAUACAACAAACAAUUACAUGAAAUAGGUCAAACACGCCAGAAAAUAAAUACAAUUUUAGACGAGAUUGAGAAGACAACAUUGAAAGAGCUAGAAGAUAAGAUGACGAGUCUGAAAGCUUCGGUCAACACUAAUGUGGACAAUUGCAGCAAGCUUCAAAAUGAACUGACACGACUCAGAGACACAAUUCAUGACAUUGUUGAUAAGGGUAAAGCAGAACUCUCGUUUAUUGCAAGUAAGAAAUGUCUUCAAAAAAUUAAUCAGUCUGAAACAUAUCUGAUAGAGAACUUAGUUCAGGUAGAAAGUUCACUGACAUUCCAGGUUGACAGUGAUUUUCAACAGCAAUUGUCUAAAUUGCCAGGUCUGGGGAAGAUUGUUGUGUGUACUCAGAAUGUGCCUCUGCCUGGUGCCCCAGACAAGAAGGUAUUGACUGUGCAAGGAAAGUCAAAGUAUAAUGUGAAAAUACCAAGUGAUGCAGAGAAGAGAUUUGAUAUAAUAGCCAUCUGUGUUCUCUUAAAUGAUCAAAUCCUUGUUGCAGAUCAUAAUAAUAAAAGAGUUAAGCUUCUAGAUCAUCAAUACCAGGUGGUGGGACAUUGUGAUUUAAAUGCUUGUCCAAUGGACAUGUGUCCUAUCACACCAAGUGAAGUAGCUGUUUCUGUGGACGACGAGACGACACAUGAGGUUCAGUUUGUCUCGAUUAAUGAUGGGCGGCUGGUUAAGGGCAGGAAGCUACAAUUUAUACAUCCAUGUUUUGGUAUUGCUAAUAAUCAGCAAGACUUGUAUAUCACUUCUGGUACUGCACUUAACAAGUAUUCAAUGACUGGAGACCUGCUGAAUAAGCUGUAUGAGGACACAUCAGGCGGUUGCACAGUAAGUAUGUGUGCAGUGAGUCCAUCAGGUGACAAGAUAUUUGUCACAAACUUUGCACACGGAAAGGUCAUCACCCUGGCCAGAGAUGGUACAGUCAUCUGCACCUUCACAGACCCAGACUUAGUAUGGCCGCGUGGUAUACAUGUUACCGCUCAGGGACAGGUGCUGGUCUGUGGAGGUAGAUCAGGCAAUAUCCUACAGCUGGAUGGUGAAGGCAAGAAGAAGCUGGCAACUCUUGCUACCAGGAGUGAUGGACUGUAUUACCCACUGUCUGUCUGCUACAAUAGGAGCUCAUCAUCCAUCAUUGUGGGUCAAGCAGAUCGUGCGGACAUCCUUGUCUUUAAAGUAAAAUAGUUUUGUUUCACAAGAUUCUGUACAUACAUUUUGGAAAAUGCACUUGCAACAUGAAUGAUACGCAACACAACAUUUGUUUUAAGUGUCCUGUUUCAUCUCAUAAUUCACCUGGGUGAUUUACUUUGUUCCCCAAUAAUGUAAGAUCAUGAAUAGGUUUAAAAAGAACUUUCAUAAAAAAAAUCAUGACAUCAAGGAUAUCUUAUUAGGUGUUAUGUUUAAUUGUAUAAUUCUCCCUGGAUGAUUUAUUAUGUUGUCACACACUUUGAAAGCAAGCUACCAUCUGUUCCAGGGAAUCAACUGAAUCGCUCUGAUGAUUAUUUUUCAUUUGAAUUGUAUAUAAUCCGUGUAUUUUUAUGAUCUUGAUCUAUAUCUUGGAAAUGAGGAAUAUGUAAAUAUGUGACUUACUUUUUGUCAUUUGUAAUGCUUUACAAUAUGUUUCUGUGAGUGUUAUGCAAAGUAAAAUGAACAACAGGAUGCAAAUGAGGAGAGAAGGUUGUACAUUUUCAUUUUAUUCUCUGUCAGCAUUUGUUCUGUUUUAAGAAAUGUUUUGUUUCAUAGAGUAACAAUUGAUGUUUUGUACAGAUUUCUUCCAUUGUUUUAAGAUUUUAUUUUUGUUGAUGACAAUUAUACAUGUAUUUAAUGUCAAACGUGUUAGUGCCGUUACCUUUGACUAUAUUGCCUGUUUAGCGCAACACUGUUCCAACUCAAUUUCACAAAAGUUUUCAGGAAGAAGAAAAACUUUGGUAUUAUGGUGCUUCUUUAGAUAUGCCAUAUGUUUUUUCUUAAAUUAAUUUAAUUUUGAAAUACUGUUUUUAAAAUAUCUUAACUGCAACAUAUGAUAAAUUGUAAAAGAGAUAUUAAGCAUUAUUGAAGUUAGAACAGUUUCCCCACUUAAACAGAGUUUAUUUGCUUUUUUAUUUGGGUGAACACUGUUUAAACUCAAGUUAGAACAGUAUUCCACCUAAGAAUUAUUGUUUUUUGCUCAUAUUUAAUGUGUGCAACACUGCACCAAGGGAAUUUAUGAUUCACACUUAUUUAGGUGCAACACUGCACCAAGUGAAUUUAUGAUUCCCACUUAUUUAGUUAUGGUUGUUUAAAACAAUAAUUAUUGAAGACAUAACAAUUUUAUAAAAACGUUAUCAAAUGUCUUUUACACAAAACUCAACAUUAUAUAUUGACCCUGUGUUUGUUAAUCAUGCAAUUAUUAUGUUGCUUAAAAAAGUUCAAUUCAAUUUCACAUUUACCUUGUAUGUAUCUAGGGGUGGAAAGUGGCAUGGGUUACCAAAAUCAGAAAUUGAAUUUUCACAUUUACAUUAAGUUGAAUAUUGCAUAGCGGAAAAAACUACUUUGUGCAUAAGAAAUACUCUUUUUUGUAUUGAAGUACAAAAUUUGCAAUAAGUAGUAUAACUCAUACAUACAUUUAUAUAUUACAAUUGCUGCUUUCUUAUUUUAAAUGAAUUGCCAGACCCGUUUGACUUGUUCAUAUUGUCAAAAAUCUUAAACAAGCUUCGCAUAAACAAAACACUUAGAUAAGCAUUAAUUUAUAUAUAUCAAAGUAGGCAAAAUUUAUAAUAAAAAAUGACUGAAUGUGUGAUGUAUAUUGUUUGUGUGGCAGUGUUUUGGGAAGUUUAAAAUGGAAAGUUUUAAUCACCAAUUAACUGUAAAUGUUUACUACUGUAAGAUUUAAUUUUAUUAUUACUUACAUCUGACACCAAUCUGUUUAUUCUAUAUCCAAGUCUUACAUGUGACAGCGUAUGAUAUGGUCUAUUCAAAUUACUUGUAGUAUUUGGUGAAACACUGUCUUUAAAUUUAAUAAAAAUAUUUUAUAAAUGGAGAA